GGGAGAGGGAGAGGGCGGGUGGAAGAGAGCGGCAGAAAAACCUCAAUUAGUUUCCUAAUUGAGUCUUUCCAGAGGCUAAUUGAAUGAGACACUUCUUAUAUAUCCAGCUAAAUAUAUAAAUAUAUAGAGAUAUAUAUUACAAAGCAUUCCAGUGGAGCACUUCUCUUGUUAAGGAAGCCUCCCAGCAGUUUCUGAAGUUCUUCUUGUACUGGAUUGAUUCACAGUCGGUUUAGAUCUGUUUUUUUUUUCACUUGUUUCACUAUUUAUAUUUUUGCUUUAAAAGUCUAAAUUUGUAUCUGCUCAGCCAGUUUAUUGGAUCAGAUUGUCUAACCGUAUCUACUUUUCAUAACAACGUUGGCCUUGAGAUUCUAAGGAAAUGUCGAGAAACAACAUGACCUUUUUCGAGACUAUGAUAUACGGCCAUGAUUUGUGCACGGAAUGGCACAAUACCACAGAGGGAGCGGUGUACCAGCUGGCAAACACCAUCUUCAGCCUGGCCUACAUGGGGGGCAGUGGGGUGUUUGGAGCCAUCUACAUUUACAGCCUACUGGCUCCCGGCUUUCUCUGUUAUGCUCUUUGGGGGUGGCUGGAGGCCUGCGGGGUCGACAUCUUUGCCUGGAGUUUACUGUUACUUUUUCUUUGCCUGGGGCAGCUGGCACACCUCAUCUAUCGAUUACGCAAGGACAGCUUUGAGGAGGAAUUUGACAGCCUCUAUAAGUGCAUCUACCUUCCCUUGGAGGUGCCCAUAUUCGUCUACAAGGAGAUCAUCAAAUGCUGUGACUGCCAGGUGGUGUCCAUGACCAAGGAUCAGAAUUAUGCAGUUGAAGGCAAAACCCCCAUUGACAGACUUUCAUUUCUGCUUUCAGGGAGGGUGCGGGUAUCCCUGGAAGGCCAGUUUCUCCAUUAUAUUUUUCCAUACCAAUUCCUCGAUUCACCUGAAUGGGAAUCACUACGACCCACUGAAGAGGGAAAAUUUCAGGUGACCCUGACAGCAGAAACUGAGUGCCGCUAUAUCACCUGGAGGAGGAGGAAGCUUUAUAUGUUACUUUCCAAAGAACGUUACAUUGCCCGUCUCUUCUCAGUGAUGCUGGGAAAUGACAUCACUGAUAAAUUAUAUUCCCUCAAUGAUAAACUGUUUGCCAAGAGUGGUAUCCGCUUCGACAUCCGCCUGCCCAGCUUGUACCACGUGCUUGGACCCUCCUCCAGCGAGGCUGACAGCGAAAAAGACAGGAACCAAGAGCUGGGGGACACUUUUGGGCCAGUUGAACAGAGGACUUCACCACUACCUUCCCCCCGAAAGACAGCUCCUUCCAUCCCAUUUUCUAGCCAUGCACCCAGGGACCACUGGUCAACAGAUACAGAACUGCCUGGUGAGGAUUCUUCCAGUCUGAUUGUCGAGGACUUUGCUGAUAUGACAGGAUCAUUUAUGGAAUAUGGGAAUGAAAGAGAGUAUUUGAAAUAGAGAAUGUGCUUAGGAGCUAACACACUGGCCUUUUCUUGAGCGAUAUCCCAUGAAAGCCCAACAGAAAGGAUUCCAAGGCGCAUGGAUCGAGAACGGGCUCCUCUCGCACCUACGGACACCCCUGAGCUCUAAGACCAAGCACCCAUCAAUGGAGACAGACAAGCCAACAGAUACAUGGACACUGUUUUAUAUAUUACUAAAAAUUCAGAUAACUUGCACUCAAAUUCACAAAGAAUGAGGUUGAACUGCACAAGCACCAAUCAUAACGUGUGAGUAAGUGGGAAUUCAACAUUUAUAACACUGUUGUUUUAUGAUGCAAUUUUGAAUAACGUUUCUCCAAUUUGACAUAUAACAUAUAAAAAAUAAAUGUUUGUUUUAAUGUGA